AUUAUUUGAACUACAACAAGCAAAGCGAUGACGUGUUGUUAUGUGAGGAAUGAACUACCGUCCAUUCAAGCUACUUGGUUUAAUUACAUUAAAGAUAAUGUAAUUGUUAUGUAUAAAAAAAUAAAGCCGAAACCAGUAUAUUAAUCAAUUAUAACAACAAUUACGACAAAGCGAAUUAAUGCAGAUAAUGUUAAACACUAUUCUUCCUUUUUUUGCGAUUAUUAACAACUUCACGAUGACACUUCUGUUUUUAUAUUAUAUUUUUCCGACUGUCCUACUUUUGGCGUUGAUAAGAAAAUAUCGUGAAUCAAAAUGGGGUAAAUGCAACAAUAACAUUCAACUAGAUGGAAAAACUGUUAUAAUUACUGGUGCAAAUUCGGGUAUUGGAUUUGAAGUAGCCAAAGAAUUAGCCUCUAGAAAAGCUUCUGUUAUAUUAGCGUGUCGAACUCUAACGAAAGCAAAAGAAACUUGUGUUACAAUUCAACAAAAUAUAAAAGAAGCUGUCCUUGUGCCUAUGGAGUUGGAUUUAGCAUCAUUAAAAUCAAUAAAAAAAUUCUCGGAUGAAAUAAAAAAGAAUUAUAAAGAAAUACACAUAUUAAUAAACAACGCUGGCGUUUCAUAUCCUAGUUCAACAAGACUAGAAACUGCUGAUAAUUUUGAAAUUCAUUUUGGAGUCAAUUAUUUAGGACACUUCUAUUUAACAAAUCUCUUACUAGAUGAACUGAACAUUUCGUCAGGAAAAAGUAGAGUGGUAGUUGUUGCCUCUUCUUUACACGAAAGAGGUGAAAUAAAUCUGGAUAAUUUAAAUAAUGAGAAAUUAACCAGCAAGAAUUUAUACGCCAACUCAAAAUUAGCUAAUAUUUAUUUCACACAGGAAUUAGCAAGAAGGACAAAGGAUAAAAAUAUUAAUGUAUAUGCUUGUUGUCCUGGUUGGGUUUAUACAGGAUUGUUUAGAUAUACCAUCAGAUGGUACCACUUUUUUGUUGUAGCUCCUGUUGCCUUCUUUUUUAUGAGAAGUUCUGGUCAGGGUGCUCAAACUCCAAUUUAUUGCGCUACUGAACCAAAACUAGAAAAUGAAACUGGACUGUUAUACAGGGACUGUAAGCUUUAUGAUAGCAAAGCGAUUUUUUAUGAUAGCAUCUCGACGAAACUUUGGGUGAAGACUGAGGAGAUGAUUAAAGAUGCACUGAAAGUUAAAUAAUAGAGAUAAUUUAUUUUAUUAGAAUGAUUCAGAUCAAAAAUUAUAAGAUAGAUCAAAUUUAGGGGUUCUAUUAUUAGAAAAUAUUGUAGAGAAGGUGCGGGGAUUAAUCAAAUUCAAUUUUCAGAAAGUUGGUUUAAACAUACAUGUUAGAAAUGUUUAGUUACCAUUUUUCAAGUUAUUUGGGAGAUUUUUCAAAAAAUUUUGCAAUAAUUGAUGCGAAAUGGUUUUUUCCAAAUAAAUUACUUAGUAGUAAUGUUUAUAGCUUUUUAGUGUUAUGAUAUUGUUGAUUUUGUUUUUAUAGCGUGGAAAUAAAUUGUGGAAUGAAAAUAAAUAUUAUUAUAAUUAAAAAAAUCGAAAAUGGGGCUGUACAACCAACUUUAUAGUAUUUUAGAACUAAACCCAUAACUUGUUUCAUAAUCUUUUUCAUUAAAUUAUUAUUUGGUUAGAUAAUUUGUGGUCUGAUUUGUAUAAGGGAAGAAAGUGCCAUUAAGUUAUAGUAGGUUAUAGAAGAAAUGUCAGUGGAGCUAUGGAAACAAAAUUAAUUACUGAUACUGAAGAUAUAACUUUUUAAAGUGGACGUAACAACUAUCGGUCCAUGUCUACUUAGAACAAUUAAUAACAAUGAAAAACAAACAAGAUCCUCCUAAAAAAAUUUGGUUUGUGUACUGGAGGGCUCUAUAAUUAAAUAGGAAGACCACUGAUGAGUUGGGAUGUUGAAGGUUCCAGCAAGACCAUCUUGUAAAAAUUUUGAAUUGUCUACCGGAGGACUUGGUAAUUAAAAAGGAAGACCUCAGAUGAAAUGGGAUGUUGAAGGUUCCAACAAGACAGGCUUCUAGAAAAUUUGAAUUGUCUAAUGGAGGAUUUGGAAACUAAAUAAGAAGACCACAGAUGACUUAGGAUGUUGAAGGUUCCAACAAGAUAAGCUUCUGUAAAAUUUGAAUUUUCUACUGGAGGGCUUGGUAAUUAAAUAGGAUGUUCACAGAUGAGAUCUGGUAUUGAAGGUUUCAAUAAGACCAGCUUUCAGAAGAUGAGAUGGAUGUUGAAUAGAUGUGUAGUAUCAAAAUGGACACAUUAGCUGUGAAAAGAAACAAAAUGAAAGCCUGUAUAGAUUUUCAUCUUUAGGUGGUUUAAAUACAAGCAGAAUUAGGAAUUACUUUAGCAUUUGUAUGGUAAAAAUUUUUUUUCGCAGAUCCUCAUUUGUUUCUAUACUGCAUCCAACAUUGUAUGUUUGUGUGGAAAAAUAAAACCAAAGUUAUUAUUAACAUAUUAUUUAUUCUUAAUAUAUUAUUUUAAUUAAAAUAUCACUCACACAAUUUUUUUAUUAUAAGCCAUAUCAUACUUCUCUUUAUUAUCAACAUAUAUAUACAGACACACACAUACACUCAAUAAAAAGUUUCCUUUCUCUCUAUAUUGAAUUUAUUAACUGGAUUAUGGAAUUUAACAGUUAACAACAUAAUAUUUCAACAAGUUUUAAAUCUCGGUGAAGCAGACUUCAAAGAAAUAUAAAUGACCAACAAUCAUAAAUAAGUUACAUCUGACAACGCUGCGAAGAGAUUGUCUUAACUUGAACAACUGACAACACUGCCAAAUCGAUUGUUGUCAGUUUUAUUAGAAAGAUUAUGUUGCAAAAACGUUAUAAAAUUUGCAUUUGAGUUUAGUUUAAAUUCUUUUAUCAGAUCUUGUUAAACUUCGACUAUGUUAUGCACUUUUUGAGGUCAUUGCUACAUAGCUGAAUUUUUGGGAUCGUUAUUAACCCCAAAUUAUAAUAAUACAUUUCAUGUGUUAUUAUUCUUGAGACGAAAAAAAAUAAUUGAUAUAUUUGAUUUCAAUCAGUAUACAGUAGAAAUCAUAUAUAACGAAUAACAGAUUUAAGCGACUCCGGAGCCCCGAUUUCUGCUCUUUCCGCGUGCUGCACAUGUCGCAGUUACGUAUUGUUUGUUCAUUAUUAGUUUGGAAAGCCAAAGUGUUUAAUAAUUAAAAAAAAAAAAGUGAACAUUAUACUGAUUAUAAACCUGUCAAUCAGAUACAAUUCGCACAAGGAGUUUGACGUUUCUCAUUCUACAAUAAAGAGGAUCGAAGAUGGAGCCGUUGUUCCGUGCCAAUUUUUUGAAAUGCAAACAUGUUUUCUAUUCAUAAGCAGGUGGAUAAGGUGCUCUUGCAAAGGUUCAAGUUUCAUUGAGACCAGAGAAAAUCAUUUAAGGGAUCUUUAUUACAAUAGAAAGCAAAGUUUCUUGUUAGACAGUUAGACGUGCAAAAUUUACAUGUUCUAUGAGUCAGACAAACAGACAGACACUCUCUGAAUACGAUAACUUGGUUCAGGUAGUGUAAUCGUGAGUGAUGUUGUAAACAGUGUGUUCAGUAUGAAUAUCAACAACGGUUCCAGAAAUUCCAACUUAUAAGUGUGAGGAUUACAAUUAGCCUCAUACCAAUUCUAUCGGUAUGGUUCCUUUAACCAAAAGAGAAAGGAUAGAGAUUCUAAUGAUGGCAGAUUAAGGCGAUAGUAAAUUUGAUGCAAAAUUUAAUGGAAAUCCGUUGAUAACUAGAUUGAAUUUGAUUGAUUCAGUCAGCAUGGAAGACUUUACUUUACACCGAAAGACUAAAAAUCAAAAAGUCCAAGUUUGAACAUCUACAACAGUUCUGUAUUUCCAUAUUUUAAAGAAAUCCACUGUACUUAUGUGUGAGACUGAAAACUAUGAAAAUACAAGUGCCCCUAAGUCUGAAAUUAUCUUUUGAAUUGUUAAAUUUGAGGGCAAAAUUUUGAAAGCGUUUUGUUAAGUCACAAACUUACUAUUUUUAACGCUAUAUUUCUUUUUGUUACUAGAGUUUUUAAUUUUAAAACCCGUUUAUUCUUAUAGUAAAAUAUUUGACACAAAAAUAAAGUUUUUCUUAAAUUAUUUUCUCGAAAUUUGAUAUCUGGUUCCUAUUUUAACCCUUUUAGUAAAAGAAACAUGUCAAGUCUUCAUUAAAUUUUUUCCAUCGUCAAGUUUUUUGUGUAUUGGAAAAUUUGAUGCUAUGAAAUUACGAUGUUUACAACGAUAUGUACUGCUACGAACUCGUCUACUGAGAUAGACCGUGAAGCCGUCCCUGUCCCAUUAUGAUUUUUUAUUCAAUCUGUUAACUUAUUUUUUUGUUACCUGUUUACAUUAUGUAAUCAGAGAGACAAAAUUCCAAAGAAUGCCUUGUGAACUCGAUUUCCAGUAAACGAAAUUUGUGGAAUGAUGGCAUUAUUCCAAUGAGGCUCUAGCAGCCGUAGCAGUAAGUGAAAAGUUUGAUGUCAUAGUGAACACAUUGGAAUAGUAAAAAGUAAACUAAACGGGUUAUUUAAAUAAAUUAGUAAAAGUGUAUAGUGAUAAACGAUAGAAAAUAGUUUAGUGGAUAGUGAAUAGUUUAGUGUAUAAAUAAAAAAAAAGUGUAUGAAUUCAUUUCUCAAAAACUGUUCAAAUGAAUAAGAAGAACAUUAUAAUACUUUAGAAAUAAUUCUGUCAGUUUUUGUCAUCCGGUUAGUUUGAGUCUAUGUAUGAGUAUAAAGUAUCGUCGGUUCUUUGAAGGUCGUAAUAUCCAGAUUCUGCUGUAUUACUGAUUGAUAACAUAAAUACAUUUAUAACCUCAAAAUUUGUACUAAUUUUCCCUAUUAUCCAUUAUUCCAAUGAGGCUGUAGCAGUCAGCAAAAAGUUUGAUGUCAUAGUGAACACAUUGGAAUAGUAAAAAGUAAACUAAACGGGUUAUUUAAAUAAAUUAGUAGAAGUGUUUCGUAGUAAGUAGUAGAAAAUAAUUUGGUGGAUAGUGACUAGUGUAGUGUAUUUAGUAUUAGUGUAUAAAUAAAUGAAAAACAAAGUAUGAAUUCACACGCCCGUUCAGAAACUGUUUAAACGAAUAAGAACAAAAAAAUAGUACUUUAGAAACAAUCCUGUCAGUUUUUAUGUCAUCCGGUUACUAUGACAUAGUAUCGUAGGUUCUUUGAAAGUCAUAAUAUCCAGAUUCUACUGUAUUACUGAUUGAUAAUACAAAUACCUUAAUAAACUAAAAAUUUGUACUAAUCUUCCCUAUUAUCCACGUUUCAAAAUAAUAAAAAUAUUCAGUUCCAAAAAAACUUUUACAAAAAAUUUCCAAAAUCGAAAUAAUAACGCAAAAAAUCCCAAUUUGACACCAUUGAAUGGCAAAUUUGUGCCUAACCAUACUCUAUUAUAAAACACUGGUUUUAUUAUUUUUUUUAUUCCAUUUGUAUUGUCAUUACUAUGUACCAUCAUUAUAUUUACAUUUAAUUUUUUUUUAAUUUUAUCUGUUGUUUGUUGGCAGUUCAUAGUAGUCAAUCAUUGGUUAAAUACGAGGCUAAUAGUCUAAAAAUACAAGUACUUAACUACUUCGUACAAAAAAUAAUUGUCUGUUUAUCAAGUUAAUCACAAUCAGUACUGAACUCACUGUUUAUUACCACUACACCAAUACACAAUUAUAAUAUCUGGUCCUUCGAGCCGUCAAUAGGUUUAUAUCCGGCUCGAAGGACCAUUAAGUGUGAGUAUAAGUGCCGGCGGAGUUUUAAGAAACCAAAAAAAAAACUCGAGAACGAAAUUUUAACUUUUUUGUACCACACAAACUCCAUAUUUUUUUUUAAUUUGAUCGAUAAUUGUUAGUAUAAAAAUGAAUUUACGAUUCAGUAUGUCCUGGGAAAUUAUCUCCCGAUUGUUCCCUUCACCAACAAGCAAUUCAUCUAUAAAAGUGAACACUGGAAAAAAAUAUUGUUUAGAAUAUCUGAGGGUACCAAUUACAAAUAAAAAUACAAUUUAAGAGGUGGAAUAGAGAAAAGGGAGUCUUAAAAGCAAAGUUAAAUUCGAAAAUAUCAAAUAUUCAUUCAUCCAAUAGUGCUCUACUGUGUGGGAAAGAAAAUUUUUUGUAGGAAUCCAAUAUGGUGAAGAGACCUGGAGAAUAACGGACAAAAAACAUCUCAAGUUACUUGGAAAGGAUCGAAAAGCAAACACGAUCUAUGAGAAUAAUUUUGGAAGUGUGCUGCUCCAUUGAUGAGCUUCCACAUCACAUGAAGAAGCUAACCUAAAACAAAAGGGCUACGACGGAAACGAUGAUACAAAACGGAAUUCCUAAGAGCUGCACACUGCCAUAGAAGAACCAGAUUGCCAAAACCAAGGAGGAUAGAGUUAUUGUGGUAAAAAGUGGUUACCGUGGCGUCCACAUGUCAUGGGACAAAACCGACUGUUCAGGGGAAACGUUAUUCUCACACUGAGAAAAAAAUCGUUCAAGUACUACAACCUAGACUGAUUUCUGAAUACAAUCGAUGAAACUGAUUUGAUGGAUCAGCAUAUAUGUGGUGGUGCUUCCUUGAUGUUGCACUAGUAAACGCUUGGUACAUUUCAAAACAGUGCAAACAUUUAACACCGCUCACUCAAUUGUAGUUUCGACGAGAAGUUAAAUAAAUCUGUUAAACAAAUUUUAACCUUGUUGAGGAAUAUAUUUUGAUAUUUCCUAAAAUAAAGAAAAAGAGGUUUUCGAGAUACAGGUCAUAAAACCAGGUAUGAGUAUAUGUAUAGAAUUGAUAAUAAAGUUUAAGAAGUAGGUAGUUUAGUUCUCUCCGAUCAUUAACAUUACAAGGACAUACCUACAUGUUUAGAUUUUUUUUCAUAAAUACACUGCUACCUUAUCCAUAACCCCAACAAAAACAAUAAAAAUAAACAAUUUCUUAUAUAAUCUUGUGGGUCGUCAUGUAUAGUAUACAAUUAGAUAAAAUAAUCGUGAAAAUCUGAGCUGUUUCUGAGGAUAUCUUAGAAAGCGUUUAAAACAGUGUGUUCAGUAUAAAUAUCACCAACGGUUCUAGAAACUUCAACUUGUAAAUCCGUUUAUCGUGUGACUACUAUUUAGUUUUGAUGUUACAUUAAUAUUUUUUAAUUUUUUUAUUGUUUUCAAACGGAAAAAAAUACCUCGUUUUGACAGAUACAGUACAUAGAUUGGCAUAUUAAUUUAAC